GAGGAUCCAGACUUCCUCAUGCCAAAGACAUAGUUCACUACUUAUUUGACCACCCGCAGUCAGCGCGCGCCACAGGAAUAAAUGACUACUUUACACAACAGGAGAUGUUAUGGAUGAGGAGAUGACCCCUCAGUGACGGAGACGUAUCAGCUGUGCCCUCGCUGUCUGUGUUGUUCAGCAUCACCGCCACACCCUCCUCAGAGUGCAGCAGCAGCAGCAGCAGCAGCAGCAGGAGCAGCAUCAUGAUGCGAGUCGCCCUGCUAGUUUUGGCUCUCACGACAGUCUGCAAUGGCAUCCUCCCUGAGAUAGUGGACUCGGGCAUCAGUCACAACCUGCAGGAUUAUUCCGCCCAGGGACAAACGGAGCUGGACAGCAUGUUUGUGGAAGUGGAGCAACUGCCGGAGGAUCUGCAGCAAAAGCCUGAGGAUGCGUUUCACCAAAGGGACAACGAGAGUGUCAGUGUCAGCCCUCUUCCCAAUAACCUUCCUCCAAGUCAUCACAAUGAAACUGCUUCUAAUAACGUAUCUGUCCACACCUCAAUAGAACAGGAGACAAACAACAUUACCACAGAUGUCCAGUACAGUGACCUGGGGAACAAUAUUGAUCAUGGAUGCAUCACUGAUGCGGCCUGUGGGAAAGAAAGGUAUUGCCUUUAUGACUCGCACAACUCCAAGUGUCUGCCUUGUAAAGCAAUUGAUAUGUCCUGCACUAAGGAUAAGGAGUGCUGUGGUGAGCAGUUGUGUGUUUGGGGUCAGUGCAGUGUAAAUGCAACAAAAGGAGAGGCUGGCAGCACUUGUCAAUACCAGACUGACUGCAGCACAGACCUCUGCUGUCUUUUCCAUAAAGCACUGCUCUUCCCUGUCUGCUCGACCAAACCCAUUGAGCGUGAGCGCUGCUUUGGUGCCUCCAACCACCUGUUGGAGCUGUUGUCCUGGGACACUCAGGACGAGGGACCCAAGAAACAUUGCCCCUGUGCAGGAGAUCUCCACUGCCAGCACCUGGGGCGAGGGUCCAUGUGUCUUAAAGGUGAGGACUCGAGUGAAGAGGACCUGACAGACACGCUAUACUCAGAGAUAGACUAUAUAAUCUGACAAGCUUGAUUUGAUUCACAUUGACGGGGGUCUUCACUGACUCAAAAGCUUUGUUGCAAAGAGCCAUAGCACUUUCUGUUUUGCCAGCUUAAUCCAAAGUGGUAAAGAUACACAGCAUGGAAAAUGAAUGAGAAUAUUUUAAUUUUUAUUUGCUGUAAUUGAGACCUGAGGAAAAGCUUUUUAUCACUUUAUGUAGAUAUAAAAGUCACUAAACAAAAAACAGGAAACACUAUAAUUGCAAAGUCCUGUGUUGAUACUAAAUGACUAUUUGCUGCAUCUUUAUAACUCUAACCCUUAUCUAAUCCUUAUCCCAGCCAUACAAAGGACUGUAACACACUGAUUACUCUACACACUGAAUAUCUGUUGACUACUCACCUCACUGUUUUAACUCGCAUACAUCAGCUGAUACCACGUUGAGUAGCAGCACUGCAUCAUCCUGAUAAAGUGAGACCGAAAUAGAACAAAGUUCCCACCCAGUGAGCAGUCCCACUGCAUUUACUAUGCACCAGGAAGAAAUGCGUCUCGUACUGCAUAAUCAAUAAAACAGUAACACAGAUGCAGGCAAUAAUACAUUAUAUUUGGGCUUCCAAGACUCCCCUUAACAUUACACCUAAAGUAUAUUCAUCUUCAGGAAACAGGACCAUGAGAUGACAGUAGACUCUGGGAAAGAUUUACAUUUAAACAGCUGCUACCUGUGACUACAGUUGGUCAUAUUGCCAUCUGUGAAGCUGAUCAUACAUGUCUGAUAAAACCUCAACGUUUGUUGGAGUAUAUUGUAUUCUAGCUGCUUCUAUAUGUCAGUUGUUUGUUCUUCUUCCCGUUCCCUUG